CAGCUGUUAUUUCCUUUUUUCUUUUCUUUUUAAAUUCUUUUUUAAGCCCACCGAGAUAUUUAGUUUCCGAAAAUUCCAGCACUUUCCACUGCAGGAUCGGGAAAGCGCGUCGCGCAUGUAUAAAAGUAGAAGGAAAGCAAAUUUGCAGUUCAAGAAGACCGUUUUGCUUCCCCGCAGCAAGCGUUUCGUGUGAGGGAGAAUUUUCGAGCGCAGAUUAGGGUUCGAGAUUAGGGUUUUAUCCGAAUUAGAGUACGUAGGGAGACUAUUCUCAAUUUGUAGUUUGAUUGAAGAGAGUUGGGAUUUUUGAUUUUUGGAAGUAUCAGAGAAAAAUGACGAUAGGGAAGAAGUGCGGCGCCAAGGUGAAGCGAGGUGGUGUGAAAUCUGAAGAAGGGUACACGAGAGCACUGGGGAGGAAGAGGAUUGUCGUGUGGGACGAUUUGGAGGUCUCGCCUGUUGAUUCCAUACUUAAGACUCCGACUAAGAAGCAGCGUGAAGAGCCGACGGUUGCAGAACCAGAGGAGGAGUCUCUUCUUGAGUCCUUGCCACAGGAUAUUUUGAUUGAGAUAUUAUGCGGGACAAAUCAUGAUGAUUUGAAACACCUUUUUCAUGUUUCAAAAUCAGUUAGAGAAGCUGCUCUCAUUGCAAAAAAAUUACAUUUUGCUUACAAUACUCCUACUAAAAUUCGAGCCUUUCGAACUUCCACGGAUUUUGACAACUUGAGUGAGUCUGAUGAGUUUCAGAUUGUGAAUGCACCGAAACAAUCAAGGGCCUUUAGGUCCCGAUUUGGACGAAAGAAAUUGGCCGACGUCUCUGUGGCCCUGUUUGCUUAACCAAACAAAAAUGAUUACUGAUAGGAACACGGAUGUGAGUUCAUGGGUGUUGUGAUUUUUUGAGGGUUUUGUAAAUGCAUUGUUUGUAUAUUAAUUGAUGUACAUGACCCCUCCAUUGAAGAUGCAUUGGGUGAGGAUUUGUAUUUCCCUAGCAGACCAUUCCUUGAUGUAUAUGUCAACAAUCAUUGUUAACCGCUGCUUCAACCCUUUCGUUGAAGAUGUGUUGGCUUCUUUACAGAUGUUGGAUUUGUUUGAACGCUCAUUCCCCUUUUGUUCUCAUGAAUUUUUUUGUGUACAAUUCAGGCAAAAUGCUGCAUUGAUGUAAAAUUGUUAAUGAAAUAAGCUCCGAUUUCCU